CGAUUCAUUCAGUUUUAUUGUUGUGUUAAUCUUUAAUACGUUAUUUUUACGUUUCUAAUUUAGCAAAGCAAUACGCAGCGGUGUUAACGCUUGUUUGGGUUACUAAAUAGUAGACAAUAGUGUGUUUUACCUGCAAUUAUUAAUCAUGGACAUACGGCCGAAUCACACCAUUUAUAUCAACAAUGUUAAUGAUAAGAUCAAGAAAGAAGAGUUGAAGAGAUCACUGUACGCCUUAUUCUCCCAGUUCGGCCAGAUUAUGGACAUUGUUGCGAUGAAGACCAUGAGGAUGAGGGGUCAGGCGUUUGUUAUCUUCAAAGAGCUUGCUGCAGCCACUAAUGCUCUCAGACAGCUACAGGGAUUCCCUUUCUACAACAAACCCAUGCGAAUCCAGUAUGCAAAAACAGACUCGGACAUGAUCGCGAAGAUGAGAGGCACGUAUGGAGAUAAAGAAAAGAAGAAAGAGAAGAAGAAGAAAGCUCUGGAACAGGCUGCCAGUCUCAACAAGAAACCAGCGGGAGCCAUAAACACACAACCACCUCCACCUGCCACAGUCCAGGUCCCUGACAACCCACCAAAUUAUAUUCUGUUCCUGAAUAAUCUCCCAGAAGAAACCAACGAGAUGAUGCUUUCCAUGUUAUUCAACCAGUUUCCAGGGUUUAAAGAAGUACGUCUGGUCCCUGGGAAGCAUGACAUUGCGUUUGUGGAGUUUGAGAGCGAAUCUCAAGCUGGAGUUGCGAAAGAUGCGCUACAGGGAUUCAGAAUCACAGCCACGUGUGCCAUGAAAAUCACAUACGCCAAAAAGUGACCUGGCUCACACUUACUGGACUGUAACUGAAGCUUUGCUCAGUGGAUCCUCGCUUCUGUUUUGUUUCUUUACAUUUAAACUCAUCUUACAAAAGUUUGUUCAGUGACUGUUUAGUAUUAUUUUUCUUUUGUUUUCUUUUGUAUGGGAAUUAUUUGGUCACUGAGGACUUUCUGAAAUUCCAGGACAGAUGUUUAUUUUGUAUUGUGGACUAAUAAAAUUAGCGUCUAAAAUAAAUGUCUCAUGUUUUCAUGACA